GCGGUGCCCGGCGGGUGGCGGCGCGCAGGCUCGCAGCAGCACGGCAGCGGCGGCAGGCGCGGCCCCAGCACCGGCAGGAGCGGCCGCUGGGCGCCAUGGGGUGUUAGCGCAGCUGGUGCCCUCGCUCUGCCGCCGGAAGGAUCCGCCGCCUCCCUCCGCCUCCCGCUCCGCUCCUCAGCCCGCCGCCCAUGAGCCUGAACGAGCACUCGAUGCAGGCGCUGUCCUGGCGGAAGCUCUACCUGAGCCGCGCCAAGCUGAAAGCCUCCAGCCGUACCUCAGCGCUGCUCUCCGGCUUCGCCAUGGUGGCCAUGGUAGAAGUUCAGCUGGAUGCAGAACACGAAUACCCUCAAGGUCUCUUGAUAGCCUUCAGUGCCUGUACUACUGUCCUCGUUGCAGUUCACCUUUUUGCACUCAUGAUAAGUACCUGCAUUCUUCCAAAUAUAGAGGCAGUCAGCAAUGUGCAUAAUCUCAACUCUGUAAAGGAAUCUCCUCAUGAGCGUAUGCAUCGGCACAUUGAGCUUGCCUGGGCCUUUUCUACUGUCAUUGGGACUUUGCUCUUUCUUGCAGAGGUGGUGCUACUGUGUUGGGUGAAGUUUCUUCCUUUAAAGAAGAAAACCGAGAGUCAGCUCAAGAGCAACAGUUCUUCUAUCAUCACAUCAGGACAGGCAGCAGCCAUUGCAUCAACCUCUAUCAUGGUUCCUUUCGGAUUGAUUUUCAUUGUGUUUGCAGUCCACUUCUACAGGUCACUGGUGAGCCACAAAACAGACAGGCAGUUCCAAGAACUGAACGAACUUGCGGAAUUUGCACGGCUCCAGGAUCAGCUGGAUCACAGAGGGGACACCAUCUCCCCUCCUGUUACCCAUUUUGCGUAAACCUUUGCUUAAAGAAAAUAAACCCACUGUUGUGCUUCUGCCUUGUUUACUCCCCUGUGGAUGAACUGGUUGAACUGUUGAUUAUUGUGUAAAGAGAGAUGAUAAAUGUUGUUUCUAACCCUUUAGAGAGAAAAAAACGCACACUGUUCUUUCAUAAAGUUUUAGCUAUCAGACAUCUGAAGGAAUGGAUGCAGGUGCAUCCCUCCUCUUCUGAGCACUGUCUAUCUAGAUUGCUUCUUUUUGAUGCUGAAUGGUGGCUGUACAAAUCCAUGGAAAAUAGCAUUGUAAAUUUGGGUAUUUGUUAGAGAUAGAUAGAGAAGCUUCUUUUUCCCUCUUUAUUUGAUGUUGGCAUUGACUAGAAAAUACUGCUUCUCCAGCCCAUAGUACGUGGCAUGGUACAAAUUACUUGGGAUAUGCAGCAAUUAGCACUUGGUUUCAGUGCUAGUGCUGUUCUCUCUCAAAGCCCUGACAGAUGGUAGAAGUGAAAGCUUUCCCACCAUUUUCCCCACCAGGUUUGGCUGCCAAGUAAUUAUUACUUCACCAAUAUUUCCAGCACCUUUUCCCUGUGAUGGUUACACGUUUUCUAACUCGUUGAACACCCAUGACUGAUCUCACUGCCAUGUGGUAUGGCCACAGGAGUAGGAAUGAAAUUCUAGUCUAUUCUUCUCUGGAAGAAAAUAAAAGCAAUAACUGUUCUGAAGUUUUCACAAGCUGGCACAUGUUAUCUAGAGAGAUAAGAUUUGCCUCUUUGCCAAUUAGCAAUAUUUAAAAAAAAAAAAAA